AUGCUGAGAAGCAAUCAAACUAUAUUGACUCUGUGGUUGAGCAUUAAUAGAAUUGGUGGUGAAGGUGUGAGGCAUCUGAGUGAAGCACUGAAAAAUCAGAGUGUACUAGAGACAUUUUAUAUUGGAUAUGAUCAAUUUGGAGAAAAUGGAAAAGCAUAUUUGGUUACCUUAAAAAAUUGUGACAAACAACGAAAGAUAGACUUUUAA